AUGGCCGUCCUAGCCGCGGCCAUAAACGCCCAGACGAUGCUUACGGUCGCCAGCAUCACGGACGUAGCGCGUCGUGCUGCUCUAAUCACUUCCUCACCAGUGUCCACUGCUGCAAGCAGUGUCGCUGUGACUGCCAUCUCGGGAUGCCACAUGCACGGGAGCUCGCAGUUCUGCCGCGCGGGCUCCGCUGAGUAUCAAGUCAUAGCUACCGCGUCGGCGACGGGAGAGCUGCCGGCUAGGUAUACGGGCUGUCAUAAACAUGGUGCGGACAUGUUCUGCAUUGGGCCCGACGGCGAAGAAGUCGAAGUCAUUGGCGAAGAAGCUGCGGAUGCGGAGGAGCACGAGCACGAGCAUGAGCAUCACCACCAUGACCAUGACCACGACCACGGUCACAACCACAGCCACGGCAGUUCAGGUGGCAAAAACUGUCACUUCCACGCCGGCGUCGAGUACGCAAACACCUCUUUCUCCAAACCGCACAAGUACAACGUCCCUCUGCGCAUCGGAUUGCUUUUCGUGAUCCUCGAAACCAGCGCGCUAGCCGUCUUCGCGCCUAUGGUCCUCACGUCCUUCACGCGCAUCACAGGCGCGCACACCGGAUUCAUCCUGCUCAAGCAAUUCGGGACUGGCGUCAUGAUAUCGACCGCCUUUGUGCACCUCCUCACACACGCCAACCUCAUGCUCUCCAACCCCUGCAUCCACUACCCCGCGCCCUACGAAGCCACGCCCGCCGCCAUCUUCAUGGCCGGCCUGUUCCUCGCGUUCCUAGUCGAGUACCUCGGGCAGCGCGUCGUGCUGCGGCGGCAGAAGCAGGCUGUUGUACAAGCACAAACACAGACACAGACACAGACACAAGACCAGCACCAACACCAGCACAAUGGCGUUGACGAAGAAGCAGCGCCAGCAGCACCAGCAGCACCAGCGCCGCCCCACCCCGCAGGCGCGGGAGUACGGCAAGACUCCGCCGCCACGACAACAUGGGCAGAAGAGCGGAAAGAAUCCAGCUCCACCCAAAACACCCCCUCCCCCUCAAAUGCCCAACACCCCACCCCACACUCCAACCACCCCACCACCACCGCCCUCCAAAAAAUGCUCCUCGGCCUCACCUUCGCGCUCAUCACGCCCCUAGGCAUGGCGCUCGGGCUCGGCCUGCUGCACCGCUUCAACGGCAACAGCGCGGCGGUCCUGCUGGCGAUCGGCGUGCUCGACGCCCUGUCGGCCGGGAUACUGGCGUGGACGGCCGUGGUCGAGAUGCUAGCGGGAGAGUGGAUGGCGCCGGGGGGCGCGCUGCGGGACGCUAGUGGGCGGAAGACGGUCGCGGCCGGGGCGACGCUGCUGGUGGGUGUGGCGGGGAUGAGUUUGCUCGGGAAGUGGGCUUAG